AUUAUGAGCUGCCUACCGACCAAGCCAGCUAACUUAAGCAUUUACGAAGCUACAAGACAAAAAGAACAAAUUCCCGCCCCGAAUUCAACCGUUAUAAACAAUUGGUAAAUUUACACGGUCAGCACAUAAUACUUGAGGCUUUCAUCUAGUUAUUGAGUCCUUAUUUUUGGUCAUUUUCUAACACAACACAAUGGAGGAGGAACAAGCGCAGGUGUCUUCCACCUGGCCCCCUCCGCCUCCCUUCUGGCGCGACUUUACACCAGAUAACGUUGCGCGCAUCAACGACUUGCGAAAAGAGCAAGCAGAAAGAGAAGGUAUUGAAGAUGCCUCGAAAGUUCGACUACAGGGCCCACCUCGCGGUCUACGCAACCUUCAACCCCCGCUAGAACCCGUGGAUGGAGUAUGGAGGGUCUUUGGUGACACAUACCGAUUAAAUGAUGAACUUCCGCGACUUGAGGAUAUGAACAUCAGGCGCCUUUUCCCAAACCCAGAGGACAGGGAUCGGGAUGGAAAGCACUUUGAUCGCGCACUUAUUUUGAAGCGACUCGCUAAGUCACUGCUACUCAACUUUCUGGAGCUCAUGGGCCUGAUGGCUAUCAAUCCCGAGGCUGCUGAAGCGAAAACUAGCGAUUUACGCGACCUCUUCAUUAACUUCCACCACCUUAUCAACGAGUAUCGACCCCACCAAGCCCGCGAAUCUCUCAUCUCGAUGAUGCAAGCGCAACUAGACCGUACACGAGCCGAAACCAAUGCCAUAAGAGACGCGAAGGACAAGGCCGAGCGUAUAAUGGAAGGACUAGGUAGCCUGAAGGUGGAAGACGAGCUUGUCAGUACCUUGACGGCACCCAAGAAAGACAAAGCAUGGGCAUUUGACAGCGAGACUUGGAUGGCUGCUGCUGCGGAUCUCUGAAGCAUCCCCCUUCAAGUUUUGGGGUUCUACGGACUCUGGUGUUAUUCAUAUUGGACUGGCGUUACUAUUAGGUCGGAGUAGGGUGCUGGUAUUAUGGUUGAUACCCUUAGAUUUCCAACGAGAUGAAUAUGAGCUGGUAUAAGGAGUUUAGGACUGUAUCUCCU